AUGCUUCUACCGCUCCAGAAAUCCUUCGUUCUCCUGGAUCUGGCCGCAGCAGCGUCUCCCAUCUGGCGACUGAGUCUGACUCCCGCAUUCGGCGCCAUUCCAACAACAAGCAACUCCCACGACAAUUUCAUGAUCGCGCUCACUUUUGCUAUGGGAAUCUUCCUAUCAAAAGGGAACGAAAUGUUUUCAGAUCUCAUAAGCUUGCUUCCAUUAGCAGUAGCCUGGAUGCCGGCGAUCCAGUCGAAGCUCUUACCUUGGACUGCUGCUACGUGGGGACCAGAAACAGGGCCCAGGACGAGCAGCUUGUUCACUGUCCAUAUGAUCGUGGCAUUUACAGCGAUUGCGAUACCUGAUGCGCUGGCCUGGGGAGGUCUCAAGCCCUACAUGGAGAAAUGGGCGCUGCCGAAAAUGUUCCUCCUCGCGGUGUUGACGUUCAUGUAUUUGUCGGUGGAAGGCUUGGUGUCCAAUGGAUGCACGACGUUGCUUACAACUUUUGACUUCCUGACGCCAGUGCAUCUAUGGUUUCUACUGGCAUUCGUGUACUGCAUAGCAUUUCCAUCGCGGCUUGUGCUGCUUGCUAUCCCAGCGGUACUCCACGCACAGUUCUCGAACCCACACUUCAGUCACGCCGCGGUGGACGCCUCCCUUCGGCCCCACAACUGGACUUUGCUGGAGAGACAGUGGUCCACCACGGGAUAUAUCUCCGUCCUCGACAGCUUCGACAUGCAGUACCGGGUCAUGCGUUGCGACCACUCGCUCCUCGGCGGCGAAUGGCUCCUGACCGAAGACCGCAAACAGAGAGAAGGCUGGCAAGUCCGCGAACCGAUCUACGCCGUCUUCCAAAUGCUCGAAGCAGUCCGCUUGAUUGAACUCGAGCCGGUGAUACCAGACUCCGAAGCGCAGGCGCUCGUCAUAGGUCUUGGUAUAGGAACCGCACCAAAAGCCCUCGUAGCACACGGCAUCCAAACCACCGUUGUGGAGCUAGAUCCCGUCGUACACGACUUUGCCACGAAAUACUUCGACCUACCUGCGAACCACACGGCCGUGAUACAAGACGCCGUCUCUUGGGUCCAGGACGAAGUCACAGCGAACGAUAGCAUGAAGAAGUACGACUACAUCAUCCACGACGUUUUCACUGGUGGUACAGAGCCUCUCGCCCUCUUCAACGCUCACUUCCUGUCCAACCUCCACGCCCUCCUCACCCCCAACGGCGUCAUCGCAAUCAACUACGCCGGCGACCUCUCCCUCCCCCUCACCAACACCAUCCUCAACACCAUCUCGCACGUUUUCGCCUCCCAAUGCAAACUAUACCGCGACUCACCCCGCGAGAAAGACGCCCUCCCCAACGAAGUCGACCAGGACUCCGACUUCCUCAACCUCGUCAUCUUCUGCCGCAACGCCCCCGGCCCCAUCACGUUCCGCAACCCGCGCCGCGCAGACUACCUAGGCAGCAAAAGCCGGCAGUACUACAUGCUGCCCAAACCCGAGCACGAAAUCCCGUUUCCGUCGCAGCAGCAGCAGCAGCAAACGGGUGCUCGCAGCAGUGACGCGUCGUACAGCGCACCGCAGCAGCAGCAGGAGGGACAGCCGCGGAUCCUGGCGCUUGGCGACGAGGGCAGGUUUGCUAAGGAGCAGGGCAGGAGUGCGGUGAGGCACUGGCGGAUUAUGCGUAAGGUGGUGCCGGAUGGGGUUUGGGAUAAUUGGUGA